AUGGCGGGAGAAAAACCAGAGCCUAGCUUGUUGGGGGCGCUGGUCGCAGACAGGUCGGGCCAUAGGUGGUUUGGGAUGAGGGCGAAAGCUGUCAUCAAAGGAGAUGGAGAUGACACCUUAGGAGACCCAGUCUUUAACCAAAGCUUCUUAGCACCUCUUAUUACUGAGUAUGAGAAACAUCUCAAAGAACUAAAUGAGCAGCGGACAUAUUAUCAGAAACACAUGGGCGAGAUGAAACUACAACUUGAAAAUGUCAUCAAGGAAAAUGAAAGGUUGCACAGUGAAUUAAAAGAGGCUGUUGAAAAGCAAUUAGAGGCCCUACCCCUCAGUACAGAGGUAGGAACUGAUUUAUGGACAGAUGAUGAAAUAAUCAGGAACCUUCAAGAACAGUUGAUGCUAGCCAAUCAAGAGAAAACUCAGGCCAUGGAACUCUGGCAGACUGUUUCUCAGGAGUUAGACAGGCUACGAGAGCUUUAUCAGGAACAUACAACUCAGGCCCAGAUCCAUGUGUUGGAAAGUCAAACACAAAAGGAUCAGCUGAUCCGCUUUCAGCAACUAAACAAGCAACUUUAUGUUUCUAACGAGAACAAGGAGAUGGUUAACCAACAGUUCCUGCAAACAGUAACUGAAGAUAAUGUGAUAAUUGAACAACUCCGAAAAGAACUUAGGCAGGCCAAGUUGAAUCUGAGAAUUGCAGCAGCAAAAGUGGAAGAGUUAACUAACAUGGCUGAAGAGCUCCAGGGACAGAUGCAGAGGAAGGAGGAGGACAUGGUGUCUGCCCAAGGAAGAGAGGAAGCAUCAGAUAGGCGCUUACAGGAGUUACAAUCUAGUAUAAAACAAUUAGAAAUCAGACUGCGUGUGACAAUCCAAGAAGCCAGCCAAUUAAGAGAAGAAAAAAUAAACCUGGAGAAACAGACUAGAGAGCUGCAAGCAAAGAGCAGUGAGUUAGAAACUGAGAAAUACGAGGCUAUCCUAAGAGCCAGGAAGAGCAUGCAGCUCCUGGAGGAAGCUAACCUCCAAAAAAACCAGGCUCUGCUGGAAGAGAAGCAAAAAGAAAAAGACAUCGAGAAAAUGAAAGAAACAUUUUAUCAGCUUACACAAGAGAAUAACGUAAGAACCAAGAAAAAGGUUGCAAGCGUAACAAAACAGUAUGCUGUACAGAUUUCUCAGUUAGCGGAAGAACUUUCAGCCCUUCAGAUGGAGUGUGCUGAAAAACAAGGCCAAAUUGAAAGAGCCAUUAGGGAAAAAAAAGCGGUGGAAGAAGAACUGGAAAAGAUGUACCGUGACAGCAGAGGAAAUGAAAGUGAUUAUAGAAAACUUGAAGAAAUGCACCAAAGAUGCCUGAUUGCAGAGCGUGCAAAAGAUGAUCUUCAGCUAAGCCUUAAGAGAGCGGAAAACAGAGUAAAACAACUUGAAAUAAAUUCCUCAGAAGAGAUAUCCCGUUGCCAAGAAAUGAUUGAGAAACUUCAAAAUGUUUUGGAGUCUGAGAGACAGAACUGUGGAUUUGUCAGUGAACAAAGGCUGCAACUUCAGCAAGAAAAUGAACAGUUACGGAAAGAGACUGAGGAUUUAAGAAAGGUUGCUCUGGAGGCACAAAAAAAAGCCAAAUUAAAGAUCAGCACAAUGGAGCAAGAAUUUUCGAUAAAGGAGCGCGGCUUUGCGGUCCAGCUGAGAGAGAUGGAAGACAGUAGCUGGAACUCCACCGUGGAGCUGAGGCGGCUGUUGGCAGCCCAGCAGAAGGCGGCUAGCAGGUGGAAAGAAGAGACGAAGACGCUGGCGGCGAGCACCGAGGCCCGAGUCGGCAGCCUGAGGCGUGAGCUGAGUCGACAGAAACUUCACACCCAAGAGCUGCUUUCUCAGCUGGAAACGGCCAACGAGAAGGCCGCUGAGAAUGAAAAGUUAAUUCUAGAGUAUCAAGAAAAAGCCAACAGACUUCAAAGGCGGCUGAGGCAGGCGGAAGAGAGAGCGGCUUCAGCCUCCCAGCAGACUCAGCAAAGAUUGGGGGAGUGUGAAGUCUGGCAGCUCCACGUUCUCCUCUCCCUGCGGAACCGUGGAUGGGAUUUUACAGACCUUGGAAUGUUUAAAUGUGACAAAUCUCUGAAAAUGGACAGUCUCCUGAUGAUGUGA